GGCUUCCGUAGCUGCCGACCGAGAAAUGAUGGCUGCCUGGUUAUGGAUUCGCUGCCUGUUCGGGCCCAGUCUGCACCGGAUCCAUCGCCCACAGGAGCUCCCCCGACCCGAGAGCAGAACAGCAAGGAGGGGUUGGGAUUACCAGCCGAGAGGUUUGGAAAGACACACUGACAGUAUCCUCAGUUGGGCUUCAGUGCUGUGGUCCCUAUCUUAUUACAGUUCACCUCUCAUUCUCUGCUAUCUCUACAGGAAAGGUUAUAUCUGUAGCAGUAAGCUCAUUCCCGUCAGCCAGUACGUUGGCACGGUGCUGGUCUGUUUACUGGGAGUAGCGUGUCUGAGAGGCUGGGGUCGCUGGAGAAACCCUGAGUAUCACCAGUUCAUCACCAUUCUGGAGGAGACCAAGAAGAACCACACAAGCAGCAACAAGAAAAAACUUUCCAGUUAUGAUUUCGACUUCUCACACUGGCCAGCGGAUUUCAGCUGGAGAGAAGUCAGCAAUCUGAAGUUGUCGAAGGCAGGCGUUUCCCUGCUGAAGCCAGAGCCCAAACUCCGAGGAGCAGCAGACAGUCUGCUGAAUUCAGUACGAACACUGCCAUGCCACAUUGUCAGCUAUCUUGUAGCUCACUCGUUUGGCCGGAGGAUGCUGUACCCAGGCUCUGUGGGUCUGCUGCAGAAGGCCAUGAGGUCAAUGCUGCAGCAAGGCCAGGCCAAGCUCAUCGAAGAGUAUGAUGGUCAGAGAAACAAGCUGGUGGCAUGCGACGGAAACCGAAUCGACACCAUGUUUGUGGAUCGGAGGAGAGGAAACCGGGGACCAAAUGGGAAAACUUUGGUGAUCUGUUGUGAAGGGAACGCAGGCUUCUAUGAGGUCGGCUGCAUGAACACGCCACUGGAUGGUGGCUACUCGGUCCUAGGCUGGAAUCACCCAGGAUUUGCAGGCAGUACGGGCGUGCCGUUUCCUCAGAACGAGGCGAACGCAAUGGAUGUAGUGAUCCAAUUCGCCGUGCACAAAUUGGGCUUCCAGUUGAGCGACAUUGUCGUGUAUGCCUGGUCCAUAGGGGGAUUUACAGCCACCUGGGCAGCGAUGUCAUACCCAGAGAUCCGUGCACUUGUUCUGGACGCCUCCUUUGAUGACCUCCUUCCCCUGGCCUUAAAGGUCAUGCCCGACAGCUGGAGGCCGCUGGUGACCCACACAGUCAGGCAGUACAUGAACCUGAACAACGCCGAACAGCUUUGCAAGUACCAGGGACCAGUUCUGUUGAUCAGAAGAACCAAGGAUGAAAUAAUCACAACCACGGGACCAGAGGACAUAAUGUCCAACCGAGGAAACGACCUACUGCUGAAACUGCUCCACUACAGGUAUCCUAAAGUAAUGACAGACGACAGUGUCCGAGCGGUCAGACAGUGGCUUGCGGUCGGAUCGCAGGUGGAAGAAGAGUCUGUAUACAUCGGGUAUGAGGUGGACGAUGACUGGUGCUUGUCUGUGCUGCAGUCCUAUCAGACAGACAGAGACGCUCCUUUCCCCUGGAGCGUUGGUGAGGAUAUGGCACUGGAAGGCAGACGGCAGCUUGCUCUUUUCCUGGCUCGAAAGUACAUGAGGAAUUUCGAGACAACGCAUUGCACUCCACUCCCCAUCUCGGAGUUUCACGUACCCUGGAAACUCUGAAAGCCAGCGAGAGAGCGGGACGGAGAGACUAAAGGGAAGCACAGAGAAAUCUUGGUGGAAUUUUAGUGUUAAAAGUUUUGAUUGUUAUUAACGAUGUGCGUUUUUGUAAGUCGGGUGUCUGCAUGGUUCUUUUAAGAAGUUGAUGUUGGUGCUCUUUCGGGGCUUGAAAUAAACGCCCGUGAAUAGAAAGUUCCUUUGGAAGGAACUGGGCCAAUCCCUUUUGCUCUCAGUCUGUUUCUAUCCUCUGUUUUGUGAGCAGUCUUUAUUUAUUAUGAAUGGUGCCCUAACAUAGACCCUGAAUGUUACUGUAUUAAAAAUGCUUAAUAAAGACGACGGACUGUGUGGUCCGUGUGAAUCCCAGCA